UUGGUUGCUUGUGGCGCGCAGAGGAGCUGUUAGAAGCAGGAGCCGAGCGUGUGGCGGGGUGUCCGCAGCACCCAUAAUGUGGAGCAGUCACGGUGGCUUUGAGAGUGGCUAUGGAGGGUCUGCAAUUAGUGGAGGAUACACACAGUCCCCAGGGGGGUUUGGAUCUCCUGCAGCCACCCAGGGAGAAAAGAAACAGAGAUCCCGCUCCCAGAAUAUUGUGCCAUGUACAGUGUCUCAGUUACUUGCUGCUGAGCAGAUUGAUGAGACAUUCAAGAUCCGAGAAGUAGAGAUCUCGCAGGUUGUUAUCAUGGGAAUAAUCAGACAGGCAGAGAAAGCACCAACCAACAUCCUCUACAAAAUAGAUGAUAUGACUGCAGCCCCGAUGGAUGUCAGACAGUGGGUUGAUACUGAUGAGGCAGGGAGUGAGAAUGUUGUGGUGCCCCCAGGAACUUACGUGAAAGUGGCUGGUCAUCUUCGAUCGUUCCAGAAUAAGAAGAGCCUGGUAGCAUUUAAGAUCAUGCCUCUGGAAGAUAUGAAUGAGUUCACCACACACUUAUUGGCAAUUGUCAACGCACAUAUGGUCCUCAGAAAAAGCAUCAUGACAACAUCAAAAAUGCCUCAGUCUCUGGGCUCCUUUGGGAUGGGUGAUAUGGCAAGCUAUGGAUGUGGCAGUAGUGUGCCAGUGAAUGGACUUACAGCACAUCAGAGUCAGGUGUUAAAUUUGAUUAAAAGCUGCUCUGAUCCAGAAGGCUUGAGCCUGACGGAGCUGAAAUCCCAACUACAUAACAUCAAUAUGACAACAAUCAAGCAAGCGGUUGAAUUUCUUAGCAGUGAGGGACACAUCUAUUCCACUGUGGAUGACGAUCACUAUAAAUCUACAGAUGCUGAAUAAAGGUUCCCCACCUCAUUCAAUGAAUGAUGCUCACUGUAUGGGUACCUAGUCAGUAUUUUUUUAUCCUCAUUCAGUGUGGACCUCAUGCUUAUUUACUGCACACCAUCCAAACCCUGCACCGAAUAAGAAAUUUUCCCAUGAGCAUUUUUUAUAGCAUUCAUUACUGUAACACCUGCGUGAUACUGAUUACUGAGUGUUAAAAAACUUAGAUGGGGAACUGUGGCUGAGUUUAAGGCCAAAAUUAUUAAGUGCCCAACUUUGGAUGCCCAGGGCCUGAUUUUAUUUCUGAGUGCUUAGUGUUUUUUAGCACUUUGUAUAUUCACAGCUCCCACUGACUUCAGUAGCAAAAUUGAGUGCUUGUCAGGGCCCAUGUAUCUCCUGUUAGGCACCCAGAACAUAAGGAACACAUAGUGACCCUCUGGGAGAAGUUUGGUUUAAGUGACUUGCCCAGCAUCAAGGAAGAACUAUCUGGUGGAGGUGGGAAAGGCAUCAUUUUCUAGGGUAGCAUUCAACUGCUUUGACUAUGAGUCCCCUGCCUCAUUUGUAGUAACCCACCUUCCAACUUCUGCAACAAACAAGGCAGGGAUCCUACAGACAAUAGCUUUCUUCACUACACAAUCCUGAUUGAGUAUCUGAGCAACAGCUGUCCAGUGCACUAAAUGAGGCAGGGGUUCUGUGGCCCUCCCCCCCAAAAAGGGGAGGGAGAGGCAUGUGUUCAUGUAUUACAGACUAUCAUGAUUGGAGCUGGGUUGUAAUUGGCAACCUUAAAUCUGGCAUUUCUACAUUUCAAUUGCUUCAGUUUGCAAUCUUAAUGUUUUCUAUGUGGUCUUUUUGUAUGUAAAUGAGAGUAAGAUUUUACUGCUCUUUUGGCACUGCAGAAGCUGUCCAGUUUUGGAAGCUGGAGUUGGAUUAUUCCUUGUUCACACAUCAACAGAACUGGCCUUGCCCUCUAGUGUCUUCAGAUUCUGCUCUGUUACACUUGUGCAAGCCCACUGAAUGCAAUAUUUUAUUAAGGUUCUUGUCGCAGCAGAGCUGUAGGACAAGUGAUGUACAGGUAUAACUGGCAGCUUUGGAGGUAUGGACUCUAGUGAUGCACAAACCAGAAGCACUAACUUGAUUUUCAUGUCUACACUGCAAUAAAAAACCCACAGUGCUGAGUCUCAGCCAACUCAGGCACACAGCUUGGACUGUUGAGCUAAAAAUUUGGGCUUGGGCUGGAGCCUGGGCUCUGAGACCCUCUGCCCUGUCACCUAGCCCCAGAUCCCAGUAUGCUUUCAUAGAUUUAAAAAAAAAAUCUUUGGCUGGCAAACUGAGCAGACUUGCUGGAGAGUAGACAAGAAUAAAUGUGGAGCUCCACAAAACCAUUGUUAAAGUCAUAUUACAGGGUAUAAUCCUCCCUUUGGCUGGAUGAAUAGCAAAAGGGCCUUGCUUUCAGUCAGAUGAAGGGGUUAGGUUUCAGUUCUCUUUAGAUUCCUAUUUCUACCUGUUUCUCAAAGCAGUCAGCAGGUGUCUUCCAGCCCUGCUUCCACCAAGCCUGUCAUGCCUGCAUUUUGUCCAGAUUUCAGGGGGAUGUAGCAGGAGGGGAAGUGCUCUCCUGCACUGCAUGAUGCUACCGUCGAAGAACCUCAAUUUUUACACCAUUAAAAUCAAACAAGCCAUCCAAUUAUUUCUUUUCCCUCUCCCUUGAUGCACUUUGUGACAUGCAUUUUGUUGCAUAGAGAAUAUUGAUCCUGAGGCUUCAAGAUAUUUUUCCAAACUUUAAAUAAAACCGCUGGGGUUGUAU